AUGACUUGUUUUAAGACCUUCGAUGUUACUGGACUCGCUCAUGCGUACGGUCUGCUUCGGUUACCAAAAAUGAGAGAACUUAGUGGGCGGGCAGAUCUCGACAAAUUCCAGCGAAGUGACAUCGAUACGUCAACGAUCAAAUACGCAAAUCCGGCCCUGGAAAAGAAGCGAGCCGAGAUAAUGGCUGCCAAGCACGAGAAGAGGGUGAAAGCGAUGAAAGAGAAAUUGGCGAAGAAAAAUGCUGAGAAGAAAUCUGGCGACAAAAAGUUGAAGCCGAAAAAUGGUGUGAAGACCGCAGCCAAGUCAGAGAAAUCAAAGUCUCUGAAGCGAAAACUGGAGAAAGACGCGCACGAAGAACGCGAAGAUUUUGAGAGUGAUGUGAAAUUGUUACGGAAAAUAAAGAAAGGAAGACUCAGCAAGAAAGAGCUGCGAGAUGUCUCAUUCUAA